ACGUACACACACACUCACACACACACGGUCCUGCUCUCCAGGGCAGCAUUGCGGUGCGUGCAGAGGCCAGGAGAGGACCCUCUGCGCUGCGAGAGAGAGAGAGGGAGAGAGAGAGAGAGGAAAGGCGAGCAGGACAGCAACGGACAGAGAGGCGGACAGGACAGGAGAGGAGAGCGUGUGUGGAGUAAUUUUUGAGGCUUUUCCUGCGCUCGGCUGGCCAGAGAGGAGCGUCGGGAGCCAUGCUAAGCCACCUGACCGUCCCCAGGACCCUCGUCCUGCUGCAGUUGCUCUGCCUGGCCCUCGCACAAGUGAGCGGUCCUCCCGGAGUCCAGGGCCCGCCCGGACCCCCAGGCCCCUCUGGAACCCCUGGAGCCGACGGCAUCGAUGGCGAUAAAGGACCCCCAGGCCCACCAGGACCAACUGGCCAGAAAGGAGAGCCAGGGGAGGCUGGAGCUGAUGGAACACCAGGAGACAACGGCAUCGAUGGUUUGAUUGGCGCAAAGGGAGAUAGAGGUCCAAUUGGCAGUCCCGGACCAAAGGGUCAGCCAGGACCAACCGGGCCUCAGGGUCCCACAGGCCCUGGCCUUCCUGGACUAGCGGGUGCACCUGGGCCUAUCGGGCUCCCCGGUGAGUUGGGCGCGACAGGACCAAAGGGCAUGAUGGGAACUCCUGGACCUCCUGGGCUGCCAGGGCCACCGGGCAAACCAGGGCCUCCUGGUAAGUUCCUGGGUGGAGGAGAGGAGGGCAGCGCUGACUUCCAGUGUCCCACCAGCUGUCCAGGGGGACCCAAGGGGCCACAGGGACUACAGGGGGUCAAGGGACACAAAGGUCGCGCUGGAAUCCUGGGUGACCCUGGCAGCAUCGGGAAGCUGGGUGUGAAAGGUGAAGUCGGCAUCUCCGGAGAGCAAGGCAUCCCAGGCCCUCCAGGGCCUCAGGGUAUCAGAGGAUUCCCCGGCAUGAUGGGCCCCAAGGGAGAGGCGGGUCCUCGUGGCUACAAGGGUCUUAUCGGUCCAGUUGGAAUUCCUGGUAUUCCUGGGGAGGAGGGUCCUCAAGGGCCACCUGGAGAGCCUGGUGAUAAGGGUGAUGUGGGUGGUGGUGGCAUCAAGGGGCCGCAGGGUGCUGUUGGAAAGAAGGGUGAAAACGGUUUGCCAGGUAUCGAUGGCAAAGACGGAACUCCUGGAAUCCCUGGCAUCAAGGGCGCCCCAGGACAGGCUGGCAGACCAGGACCUCCCGGACCACAGGGGGCAGCAGGGUUGCCAGGUAGCCCAGGAACUAAAGGAGGCGUAGGAGAUAAGGGAGAGACUGGUCCACGUGGUGCUGUGGGGAUGCAGGGCGAUGCAGGCCCUCAGGGAGAGCCUGGUCCCCCAGGAGAAGCCGGCAUGGAAGGCGUUCCUGGACCCAAGGGUGACCGUGGAGAGAGGGGACCUGUCGGCCUUCAGGGUGUCGUUGGCAAACCCGGCGGCAAGGGAGAGAGGGGACCAAUGGGCAUCCCAGGGGCACAGGGACUCUCCGGAACCAAGGGGGACAAGGGAUUCCAAGGCCGCGUCGGAGCCAAAGGAGACUUUGGUGACCCUGGUGUUGAGGGAUUGGCUGGAGAGAAAGGAGAGAAGGGCAUCUCAGGUGAACCAGGACCCAAAGGACAGCAAGGUGUGCGUGGUGACCAGGGCCACAAUGGCCCCACUGGGGACGCUGGUAAGCCAGGGGACCCCGGCCCACCAGGCCUGCCCGGACCCAGAGGCCUCGCUGGGGAGAGGGGAGUACCCGGCAUGCCUGGCAGCAUUGGAUCCGCGGGUCGUGAUGCGUCUGAUCAGCACAUCAUUGAGGUCGUCCUGAAGAUGCUUCAAGAGCGGUUAGCGGCGGUAGCGGUCAGUGCUAAGCGUGCGGUGUUGGGUGGUGCCGGCGUUAUGGGCCCACCAGGUCCUCCCGGGCCCCCAGGAUCCCCUGGAGGUCAGGGUCCCCACGGACCAAUGGGAGCGCGCGGAAUCCCCGGCAUCAUCGGCGCUCCAGGCCAGAUUGGAAACACUGGUCUUAAAGGAAAGAGAGGCGCUAAAGGAGAGAGGGGAGAUCCAGGCAAACCUCAUCCCGGCGCCACUGGCCCACCUGGCCUUCCAGGUCCUCCUGGCAUUGACGGUGUGGCCAAGGAUGGUCGUCCUGGUGAGCGUGGUCCUCAGGGCUCGGCUGGAGAGGCUGGUCACCCCGGGAAACCAGGUCCCUCCGGUCUGCCGGGCUACUGCGAGGCCGCCGCCUGCCUUGCUGCCUCCGCGUACACAUCGCCACGGCUACAGGAGGCUGGGCGCGUCAAAGGGCCGGCAUAAAGCUGAUCACGCCCACAACGGCCCAUUAGGGACAACACGGGACGAGGGAAAGAAAGAGAGGAGAGGAGGAGAUGGAGAGGAGGAGAAAAGGUGGAAUAGAAAGAGGGAGGGAGAGAGGGAUACACUUCCUCCCUCUUGGAAAACACCAGCAUGAGGAGGAGGGUAGGAGCUACCCAGCCUGACUGACAUUCGCAUUUGUGACAUAAUCAUUCAUUGUGACGUCAUCUUGCAUUAUGACAUCAUUUAGCAUUAUGACAUCACUGUGGCCGACCGACCAUUGGCCAUUGGCAGUGUCAGUCAUUCUGGAAUGCUCCCACCUCCACCACCACCUGCUAUGAGGUUCUAACAGCAUCAGCUGUGACGUCAUCAUCCCCAUGACGUAAUCACUUCCCCUAUGACAUCACAACCCCCUAUGACAUCAUCAUCCGCCCCGGAAGCUCUGAACCGAAGACCCGAGAGACAGCGAGAGACUGGAGACCGAUACAGAAUCUCUAAAUAAACAGAUAAACAGCGGAGCUUUCUUUUACAUUGUGGUCACUUUAAAAUGUUUUUUGUGAUUGUUACUGUUUCUCUAUUUCAUGACUUCAUGUCUUGUGAUGAGACAGAGCCCCUCCCCCCUACCUGAUCCCUCCCCCAAUGGAAACACCCCUCUCAGUGAGCAGGAUAUUAAUCAUACAAAGCACAUGAAUACAAAUCACAAUCACACAAAGUUAGUUCACACAAGUUAGUUCGUGUUCGAUGAUUUUCCAACAUUUUACAUCCCUGGCUCUGUAUAUGACCCCCUAGACUCUUACAAACUCAUCACCUUAACCAACCCCUCUAUGUGCCCCCAGCAGGUUUAGUGUUUAUGUAAAUCUUUGUAAAUGUGUGUAAUUUUAUAUAUAAAGGUGGGUUGUCAUGUGUGUGAGAUCUGAACAGAGAGACCCUUGCCUUGGUUAAUGAGUCUAAUCAGCUUUUUUGGGUGUAUUAAAACUCCAACCUCAUUACACACACUUCUCUUCACAGCCAUGUCUCUAUACCACUGACCCCUGAUAACAAACAAAAACACACACACAUGCAGAAACAUGCACGCCCGCACACACACAGACACACACACACCUCCUGGCGCACACACAUGCACACCCCAUCAGAGAUCUGAUUAUGUUUAUUACAUAACCAAAGCUAUUUAUUGUUCUGUGUGUUGGUCAUCUGUAUACGAGAGGUUUUCUUUUCUUUUCGUCUGGCUGUGCAGGCCAGUAUCAACAAUAAAGAGGAACGUUUUGUAAAACUCAAUGUUCUUCUGAAUGGUGUGCGAACACAUUGAGCCUUGGGUAGGUCUGUGAUGGUGACUGCGUCCAUUUCCCCCCUUCAUACUGAGCAUUUAGCCGUUUUCAU